GCUGGGGCCGCGCCCGCCCGCCCGCCCCGCGCGCGGGCUCCCACCCCGCCGGCCGUUAAUGUCGGUUGGGGCCCCUUUGCGCUGCGGGGAGAGGAGCCGCAGCGGGAGCUCGGCUCUCUGGGCGGGAAGCCGCGCAAAUAUGAAGGUCAUCACUUGUGAAAUAGCAUGGCAUAAUAAGGAGCCUGUGUACAGCUUAGACUUCCAACACGGAGCUGAUGAGAAGAUCAAUCGACUGGCGUCAGCAGGUGUGGACACAGCUGUUCGUAUAUGGAAAGUGGAGAAAGGACCAGAUGGAAAAGCAAUUGUGGAAUUCUUGUCCAACCUCGCCCGCCAUACCAAAGCAGUAAAUGUAGUGCGCUUCUCUCCAAGUGGCGAGGUCCUAGCAUCUGGAGGAGAUGAUGCUGUUAUUUUAUUGUGGAAGCUGAAUGAUAGUAAAGAAUCGGAACCACUAGUUUUUCAGGAUGAAGACGAAGCUCACCUCAACAAGGAGAACUGGACAGUUGUUAAAACUUUAAGAGGCCACUUAGAAGACGUAUAUGAUAUUUGUUGGACCUCGGAUGGAAAUUACAUGGCAUCUGCUUCUGUAGAUAACACAGCUAUAAUGUGGGAUGUCAUUAAAGGACAGAAGGUUUCAAUAUUAAAUGAACACAAGAGUUAUGUCCAAGGAAUAACCUGGGAUCCUCUAGGCCAGUACAUUGCAACUCUGAGUUGUGAUAGGAUCCUGCGGGUAUACAACACACAAACCAAGCGUGUAGCAUUCAAUGUUACCAAGAUGCCAUCCGGAUCAGGUGCUGAAGGAGAGGCUAGGAGCUAUCGGAUGUUUCAUGACGACAGCAUGAAGUCAUUUUUCCGCAGGCUCAGUUUUACUCCUGAUGGCUCUUAUUUACUCACUCCAGCUGGCUGUGUUGAAUCAGGCGAAAAUGUAACAAACACCACGUAUGUCUUCUCCAGAAACAAUCUUAAAAGGCCCGUGGGUCACCUGCCAUGUCCUGGAAAGGCAACUCUUGCUGUUCGCUGCUGCCCAGUCUACUUUGAAUUGAGACAAGCAUUUAAUAAAGAUGAGAUCAGUCAGAAAUCAGCUCUUGCUCUAUUUAAUCUGCCCUAUCGAUUGGUGUUUGCUGUUGCUUCAGAAGAUUCUGUGCUUUUUUAUGAUACUGAGCAGUCCUUCCCCUUUGGUUAUGUUUCUAACAUACAUUAUCACACCCUGAGUGACAUUUCAUGGUCCAGUGAUGGAGCCUUUCUUGCUAUUUCUUCCACGGAUGGAUACUGUUCAUUUGUUACAUUUGAGAAGGACGAACUGGGAAUACCUUUGAAGGAGAAGCCACAGAUAAAUGUCAGGACUUCUGGUGCAACAGAGAAGAAAGUGAAGAAGAGCCAAUCACAUAAAGUCAUUUCCCCAGGCUCUAGGCUGACAGAGGGGACUCCUCACAGCAGGGCCACCGAUCCCAGCACUCCCACCCUCCAAGCCAGAACACCCACAGCUGCCGGUAAGGACUUGUCUUCCACACCUGUUGGCAUAAAAAAUGUUCCAGUCUCAUCCUCAGAUGAGAGGAAAAUCAGCCAGCCAGCCAGCCAGAGCACUAAAGUAAACCAGCCCAGGAGGAUUACUCUCAACACUUUACAAGCAUGGAGCAGAACACCAAGGAGAGUAAACUUGAUUCCACUGAAGCCAGAUAUGCCAGCCUCUGCAAAUACAGAUACAGUUCCUUUACCUCCUUCCUCAGAACAGGAACAUGAGAGGCCAUUAGCAUCUGAUGAGAGUCUUCAAAAUCCCCCAGCAUCGAAACGUCCUAGGACUGAGGAAAUGUCUCUUUCUACAUCUGCUGAAGAUCAGAUCAGCUGCGAUUCAAACAAAUAAAGGCUAAGCUUUUAGUAGACUCUUCACAGUCUGAAGGCAAUGCAGCCAUACCUGAGAGUGCAUUUCUAUUUGCAAAUGUUAAAGUCUCAAUUCAUGAUUAAAGUACCAUAUGCAUAUUUGAUGUAGUGCUGUGAAGAAAGAAGCUGGCAGUAGAAGAUGCAGGUUUCAGGAAUGUAGCUUUGCAGGAGAAGAAAUAGUUGGGAAGUGACUUUUAAGUGCGCUUCUACUUCUUGAAGACAGCAUUCUUCAAGAAGUGCCACAGCUUAAGGAAAUCAGGGAAAUAUGGGUAUUGAAAAGCCAUACAGUAACUUAAGAGUCUCCAUCAAAGUCCCGAAGUUGAUGCUUAUGAAAGUAUUACGUCUUCCAGCAACCUGUUGGCAAAAGAAUAGAAUUUCUAAGGACUUAAUCAUAAUGUUUUAAUGUGGUUUAAGAUGAAAGAAAAACCAAAACAAAAAACACCCCCAACAAUUUCAUUCAAGCGUCUUGGCUUAUAUGCUUAGCAAUGUGCCAAAUAAUUCAUGCUCUCCCGUACAUGUGGAAUGGGAGCUGAUGUUCACAUGCCCUGAGUACAGCAACAUAUAAUAUGACUGAUAGGAUUGAAACAAAUCAGAACUUGCAACUGCAAGAAACAAGAAAGCAAAAGGAAGACACCCUCUGAAGACCUGUUACAAGCAUUAAACAGUGGAAGAAAGUUUUUAAUAGUUUAGUUUCUGUGUUUUAGAAAAAUGCAGACAUGACAUUUUCUGAGGUAGCAGGAUUUGAGCAUAUACAUUAGAAGUUUCCCCCGUUUCAUUUUUCCAAAUCUUAAAACCCUCAGCCAAUAAAACAUAAAUCCACUGUAUAUUAAGCUUCUAAAAGUUCGCUUCUUUUUAGCAUUUAAUACUUGCAAUAUAAUUGAACUAAGACAUGCAGUUUGAAAGCAAUGAGACCAAAAUAUUUAAAAAUCACUACACUUGAACUUGAUUUUCUAUGGUGGGCAGACACAGCCUCUAGAAGUAGAAUGCUCAGAUACAGUAUUCGGAGCUUGUCCACUUCGUUUUCUUUAACAUCAUGUACUUUUUUUUUAAAAAGUAAGUAAUUCUUAAAAUGUCAUUCUAGCUGAUAAUAGCAUGUAGAAGUUUUAAACAGAUUUUUUUCUUGUGAUUUAGCCUAUUCAUCUAUCAUUUGAAGUUCCAUAGCACACAGGAGGGGAAAGCUGCAAUUCAGAUUAAAGCUCUUUGACUUUCAUUCUUCCCUGGAUUUGGUUGGAUUUGAGGUGUGUAAUUUACUUAGUAUUUGUUUUCUCUCAGUUCCUAAGAAAGUGAACUAAUACUUUAGAGAACCAGAAAUACACAGGUUUCAGAAGUGAUUCAUAAAAAUAUAAGGAGGAAAUAUUAACAAGUAGCUAUGGCAGAGUGUUUCAAGCAAAUGGUGUAUGUUUCCUACAGUUCGAUUUCAACAGAAAUUAGUAAGAAAAGGGUUGUAGGAAGCUAACUGUAUCUUUGCUUUCAACCCCUGAGGUGAGAAUGAAGCUUCAUUAGACUUACCCAAACGUGGGUUUUCUUCUAGUGAGGAGUAUAAAGACUUAAUUAUGAAGCAAAGCUGCAUCUAAAACUGCUUUUCCCCCAGAAUUUUAUAGAGAUACCUGAAUUAAAGUUUGUAGAUCUAUCUGAAUUAAUAGCUAAAGCAGAUAUUUGUAACUGACAUGCAUUGCUGGACUUGCUACUUUGUUUUGUCCAGUUUGAAUUAUAAGGAUACUGGUAUUUAAUCUUUCUGUGGGACAACACUUAGUACAGUAUCACAGUGUUUCAUUUUUUACACUGCAAAGGAUCCUUUGAAUUGAAACUUACACUUCUAAAUACUAAUUGCAAAGCUAUCCUGGUAGGUAUUUUAAAAUCUCUGUCUUCCCCACCCCAGUGAAUUUCAAUGUAAACGACUUUCUGUUGAAAACUAGUAGGUUACAUAUGUUGUUUUAGUGUUACUGGCACACCUGCUCUCUGUGGUCUUCAGUCUUCAGAUGCAAUUAAUUGCCAGAGUAUUCAUCUUUAUUUCAUGCCAUAACCAUUCAGGUGACAUCCACAUUUGUUUAUAUGGUUGCUUAGCUUAUUUUUGCUCUGCCUCGCAAUCUAAUUGUAGCUGUAAGCCUGAUGUGGCUUCCACUGCUUCCAUCUGGAGUUUUCCGCAUCAUGAUAUCUGACAGAAUGCUCUACCUGGUAUUUCGUCUUCCCUAAUAGGAUUUUUUCUUUCCUUUAGUUCUGGUUAUCUCUUGCCACUGUGAUUUCCUACUUCUCUGUUUAUUCUGUUCCUUACUGCCUUGUUGCCAAAUUUAUAUGGCACUAGGUUUUUAACCUUUUUCUAUAAAUGCAUGCCAUUCUUCCUGUAACAAAUUACUAUCUUUUAUUCUGUGACAGUCAGAACUGUAGAUUCCUGGGUUUUGUGAUCUCUGUUUCAGUCUGCAAGGGGCGAUCCCCACAUAACAUUCAUACUUAAGACACUGAAAACUAUUCUCACCCUGUUUAUGUUCUCAGUCAUGCACUAGGUUCUGCUCCAAGACAGAACGUACCCAGCACUCUUUCUAUUUACUGCUUUGUAAGGUGGUGUAUUCCAUAGACAUAAUUCUUUCAAGGGCACCCUUUAGUCCUGGUUUGACUUAAAUGAUAUUUUUAAUUGGCCAGCUGAAGUGUUUGUACUUCAAAUGGACCUUGUUUAAUAUUCCAGCUGUGAACAUGGUGUAGGUGUUGUCAUCUUAGGUCACAUUUUGGUCAGUGUCUUCUGUAAAGAUCUUAUCCACUCCAAGGGCUGUUAUCCUGCUUAUACUGUCUUGAUGAGAUAGCAUUAUGGAAAAAUGCCCAAUCUAUGUCUUUCGACCUUGCAGCACUAAGAGGGAGCUGGACUUACAGAAGUAACUUCUAUAAGAGGCAGCAAAUUGCUGUUAAACUCAGGGAACCAUGGGACUCUCAAAAUUUGAGUGUCCAAGCCCUGUGUCCAUCAGCGCAUUUGGUACAUCAGUGUAUGUCAGUGUCCCACAGGCCAGUUCCCUGCAAAAGCGAAGGAGCAGAAAAAGGAGCAGAGUCACACAACAUCGUUUCCCCAGGCUCUAGGCUGACGGGACUGCUUGAGCAGGGGGAUUUGGACCAGAUGACCUCCAGAGGUCCUGUCCAACCUCACUCAUUCUGUGAUUGUGUGAAUGCUGGCAUUUCCAGUUUGACAUAGUUUGAAUGAGCAAGUGAUUUAACACUUUAGAUGAAGAAGUUACCAGUCAUGGGAGUCCAUUGAGAUAUGUGGUCUUCAUGUGCCCUUUCUUCCCACCUUCCUCAGAAUCACAUGGAUUUUGCAUAGGUACAUGAAGCAUAAUGAAGGGUGGGGAGUGAACACAUCCACUAUGGCUGCUGCACAGAUAGAGUCUUCUGCAUUGUCUGAUAGUGUAAAUAUCUAUGUGGACCAUGUGUCUCAGAGAGUUCAAGUUACAGGCAAGUGGUCCUUUCCCUUUUUCAGAUUGGUUUUCUGGCAUGUCUUAAAUGUACUUACUUCCCUGUGUUGGUAGUAGAUCUUAUAAAAGGUCAUCUCUGAUGUCCCAGUUCUGCAUACUUUCUUAUUUAAAUGUAUGUGUAAUUGUUUUUCCAUGUCAGAAAAAUGGUUUGUUUGUUACCUUAAAGCAUGUGCCUUUUUCUGUAAAUUCAGUGAAGGGCUGAGAAAACCCAGGCUGCAGAAGCGCAAACCACGAGACCAUGCGUAGAAACUAAGUGCAGAGCAACCGCUGGAGGUCGCUCUCCUCACAGGAUUCAUUUUCCCGGGGCUGUGGUGAAAAAUUGCUACUGGCAGCAGGAAAGGGAAAGAAAACACAGUUUUCUUUUCAAAAUCGAGUUGUAGGUGAAUCUAUACAGCCAAUGUAUGUUAUCACCAUAUAAAUUUUUUUUUUCUACAAGUUUCCUACU